GGCCCGGCCUGUGGUGUUGCUGUCAAACGUGGUCGCCAUUCAACUCAACUCUGGUUCAGCUGUCAGUCGGCUGACAGUCAAGUUGCCGAGCAGACCGAGCAGCCAAAAAUGCAGACUGUGAAAUAAUGCCUUUAACGAGCUUAAAGCUGAUUAACAGCUGCUUGUGCAGGGCUCGAUUGGCAAAUACCCUGUAACUUAAACUUUACAAGACUUAUGCCAAGCUGUUCUAAGUAAGCCGUGCAGCAGCUGUGCUUCUUCUAGACCUAACUUGAGACUUUGACAAAUUCAUUUCUAAAUAACUGAAAUACUUUUCGUCUGAACGAUAUGAAUAUAAUGCAUGUGGAUAGACGCAGGGAGAGGCAGAGGGUCAAAAGAGAGAAGAGUAGCUCGACUCGACUGUGAAGGCUGGACAAGCAUUUAUAUAUACUUUAUCGGGUCGCAUAUGCCUCCAACAUACUCCCCUUCACACAUUCUGAAUGAGUACAGGGUAUACAAAUGUCAUUGUUAUACACAGAACGGAGACUAUAUCAAUUUCAGUUCAAGAUAUACCCUUUAAUGCAUGUUGACAACUCAGUUUCAGCCAGUUGGGCAACUCUGGAAUCCGGAGAGCAAAUGUCAGUCGAAGAGAUUUUUGCGGCAUGCACAAGCUCGGCGCCAGGUCAAAGUUGGCCAAAGUUGUGCGUCAACAUUUUGUAGCAAUUCGUAAUUGUUUUCAUUUUCCCUUUUUGUUGUUGCUGCUUUCCAAUUGAAUUGAUAUCGCAAAUUGUAAGGAUGAAUACAUUAAUCUUCCGCCCGAUAACCUACUCGGAGUUCACUUUGAGGGCGCCCACGACCCGAAGCCGUCGAAUGCGUGCCCAUCAAUUGGCCAGCGGCCUGCUCCGGCACGGCGAGCAAGUGAGGCAGACGCUGCCCGAAACCCGGCGGCCCAACUACGGCGAGUUCAAGCAGCUGGUGGGCGCCGUGCACGGUGGGAGCAGCCAGGCGGUUGAGACCAGACAGGUUGGCGUCUACGACAGCCUGGUCGAUUUGCAUCGGCGGCGAAUGGAUCGCAAUUUCCUAAAGAACAUCAAGUCGACGCUGAAUACGCGACUGUCGCCGGAAAAUCGCACAAACCAGCUGGACUACCAGCACAUGAACAAGGGCCUGGAGACAAAGCAGAAUAUAUUGCGCAACAACAUGAUACUGUUGCGCCGCAUGAACGAGAUCCAGCGGGUGCAGGGCCGCGUGGACUGCUUCAACAGCAGCUUCCAAUUAACGCGCCCGAGUCGCCACAGAAUUGAGCAGCAGGCAGCGGUGCUUAGCCGAGAGAAUCAUCGGCUGGGCUGCCGGCUGUUGCGCGUCAAAUCCAAGGUGGACUCGCACAAUCCCUGGCGUACAGCACUGUCCGUCACGGUGUCCGAUCCCACCGAGGAACUGGUGCGCAAAUAUAGCGUAUAUAUGCCGACGCCCCUGCCCCGAAAGCCCGUGCACUCGCCCAGGGAGAUGCUGCGUCCGGUCAUUUACUUUGAUCUGGCCUUGCACCGGGGCCAGCAUCUGGGCCGCAUCUGCAUUCAGCUCUACACAGAGGUCAGUCCGGAGGUGGUGCUGGAAUUUGUGCGCCUGGCCAUCGACAACAAUGUCGGGGCGCACAAAUUCCAGCGCGUCUUUCCCGAUCUGUGGAUGGAGGGCGAGCUGUUGCCGCAUUCACGCGAUGCCCUCGAGAAUCAUCACGAUCAUCCAUCACCGCUGGAUGCCAGGCAGCUGAAGGGCGUUCUAUCGUACUCCUGGAGCCAUCGCCAGAGUUUCCCCCAUGGCCUGCUGCUCUAUACGAUUAGCUUUAAGACGUUGGCGGUGAUGCCGCUCAAACGGGUUAUUUUCGGUCGGGUGCUCAGGGGCUUUCGCCUGCUCGAGAUCUGCCGGGAGUUUGGCACCAAGGGCGGCAAGCUCAAGCAGUGUAUUGAGGUAGUCAAAUGUGGAUUGCUCUAGCAAUCAUGGUGGCAGCGGCAGCGACUGCGGCGGCGGCGGAGGCGGCGUCUCCUGUGGCCCCGAAAAGUGUCCACUGAGAUUUCAAAAUCUGUAGCAUACUUUUCUGCGCCACUGCGCACACAUUUCCGCCAAAUUCCCACCAUAAAAAUUAUAAAGUAUGCCUGCAUUGCGUUAUCGACUGGGCGUGCCCGCCUCUCA